CUGAAUGGCAGUAGUUCACGAGGAACUUCAUCAGAGCUUCUCCGCCCGCUUUGAGCAUCCGAAGCAGACUCCGACUCUGAAGGGAUUCACACUGAAGCUUUACAGGAUCUCAAUCUAGAGCUGCUCGAAAACUUGCGCUGAAGUUUGAGGAGGAUCAUUGCAAAAUGCCACGUUCAUUUCUUGUCAAGAAAUAUUUCUCCAACAAGAAGCCAAACUACAGUGAACUGGAGGGUCAAACUGACCAACGCUAUGCUGUCGUCCCACAAUGCUUCCCCCUGGAUGUCUUCCCCACUAGAGAAGGUGCUUCUGUGGUGCCCACCUAUCCCUCCAUGCUCGUGUGGACCACCAGUGCCUUACCCCUUACCUUCACAGCGGUGUCACCCAGCACCCCCUCUCCUCCCGGGCCUCUGGACCUGAGCUCUCAGUCCAGCUCCAGCAGCAGUGGAGAAGAGGACGACUGCCGUACAUCUGACCCUCCCAGCCCGGACCCCGCCGACCGCUUCCAGUGCGCUCACUGUGGCAAGACCUGCAGCAGCCCGGCCGUGCUGUCUCUCCAUCAGCUCACACACUGCACCGCCGGCCCACAGACGCUCACUACUGCUGCAGGAGCCACCAGCACAAGCACCAGAGCGGCCUUCCACUGCAAGCACUGUCCCAAAGAGUACAGCAGUCUGGGUGCGCUCAAGAUGCACAUCCGCUCACACACGCUCCCCUGUGUGUGCACCACGUGUGGAAAGGCCUUCUCCAGACCCUGGUUACUGCGAGGACACAUCCGUACACACACCGGUGAACGCCCCUUCUCAUGCCCCCACUGUAACCGUGCGUUUGCGGACCGCUCGAACCUGCGCGCUCACCUGCAGACCCACUCCGAAGUGAAGAAGUACCAGUGUGGAGCGUGCUCUCGUACCUUCAGCCGCAUGUCCCUCCUGCACAAACACACGCUCUCCAGCUGCUGUGCGUCUGCCUAGAGGACCAGACCGCUGCUUGCCCCCUCUCACUGUUGAGCUGGGACGGGUUUAAGCCAUGCGUGAAUGCCUGGAUUCGUAGAAAAUGUAUUGAUGCUGUUUUUGAAGCACAAAGGGCCUUAUCUUUGCCUCCACAAGCCAGAGGAGUGGUGAUGUUAUUUACUAGUGUUAGUCUUACACACAUCACACACAGAUUCCUGUCGUGGGAGGGGGGCCCACAGACUGGCUCUCGGUGGAUUCCCAAGAUGCACCUUGGUGCCGGCUGGUCCGGGACUGUGAGGGGGCAGCUGCUAUAAAGCAUGUGUGGUGAGAGGUCAUCUCUCACCAAGAUCUCCACAGGCGUGCAGGGAUGUAUUGGGACAGCUGUUGCAGCGCAGGCCUGUUGACAAAUGCAUUAGCCAUGUCUCUAGACUGAUGGCUGAAAAG